GCGGUGGCCACGGUGCGCACCGACCCCGCGGAUGGUACCAAGUUCGUGCAUCUCAAGAAGAAGUUCCACACAGAGGGCUUCCCUCCUCCGACUGAGGCCUCACUCCCCCGGGACCCACCGCGUAUCGAGGUGACCCAGGAGCCUGAAGUCCCGGACCCUCCAGCCGAGCCGUGCAAGGACAGCCAGCUCCAGGAGGAGGCAGAUCCACAGUUGUCUCUCCAGCUGCGGGACGAAGCGAGCGACCCGGAGCCUCUGCGCCCUGCUCCGAACGGGGCCCAGGGUAAGGAUUCGCCACAGGAGGUCCAGGCCGUGUCUUCUUGGCCGUCAGUCCCCGGGCCCAGCGAGAACCUGAAACUCCCUCCAGGCGGCGGCGGCGGUGGCGGCGAGGAGGCUGAAGGAGCCAGUUCCCUGGGUGGGCCCAGUACGCCGAGAUCGGUCCGUCAGAACUUUCGGGACCUGAUGAUGGGCAGCUCCCCUCAGCUGAUGAGGAGCGUGUGUCCCGGGGACGGAAGCUCUGGGAGCUUCUCCGUAGGGGGUCGCAGCCGAGGAGGGGGCGACUCCGACAGCGCAUCCUUGGCUUCGUCGUCCGCCGAAGAGGAGGGCAGCGGUGGGGGCUCGGUUACGCUGGAUCCACUGGAGCACGCCUGGAUGCUCUCGGCUUCGGAGGGCAAGUGGGACAGCCUAGAAGGGCUGCUCACUUGUGAGCCCGGCCUGCUGUCGAAGCGAGACUUCAUCACUGGCUUCACCUGUCUCCACUGGGCCGCCAAGCACGGCCGGCAGGAGCUCCUGGCCAUGUUGGUCAACUUUGCCAGCAAACACCAACUGCCAGUGAACAUCAACGCCAGGUCGAGCGGAGGCUACACUGCCCUACAUUUGGCCGCCAUGCACGGACAUGUGGAGGUGGUGAAGUUACUAGUGGGGGCCUACGACGCAGAUGUGGACAUCAGGGACUACAGCGGGAAAAAGGCGUCUCAGUACCUGAGUGAAAGCAUCGCGGAGGAGAUAAAGAACCUGGUAGGAGCCAUGGAGGAAGAGGAUGGGGACAGUGCCACGGGCCGCGGGAGUGGGCGCUGGAAACUUUCAAAGGUGCUCCCGUCACACCUCAUCACUUACAAACUCUCACAGGGCGCAGAAGAUGGAGCUGAGCAUCACCAUCACCACGUCGCCGAGGGAUGGACCGGAGGCAAAGCCAAAGAUUCAGGUCGCAAAGCCUUGGGCAGCUCCAGUGGACGGUUAAAGCCACGGCUCAACAAAAUCCGAUUCCGAACCCAGAUCAUUCACACCACUCCCUCAUUCAAGGAUGCUGAACAGACGCUGGAGGAAGAAGAGGAGGAAGAGGAAAGGUCUCUUAAAGGCUACUCGUCUUCCUUCAAACUGAGACCGAAGUCCAAUGUAUUUGGGUAAAAAAAAUAAUAAUAAUAAUUCGUGCUAGAAACGCUAAGGUUUAGUUGUCUUCAAGGUAGGCUAAUACUGGCUGUGGAUGAGAAAAGGCAGGAUAAAUUACGUAUGUAUUUUAACUUGCAGGCUUGGGGUGGAGCUGUAGUAAUCCUUCCAAGAUAGCAUUCUGGGGCAAGAGAACGUCAAAUGAUUCAUUAUACAUUGAUUUGUGCUUCUUUCCGCAUCCCCACCCUUGUAGCCUGGAACUUGAGAGAACUGGAAUUCAUUGAUGACUAAGAACCCCUUUGCUUUAACCAUCAUUAGAUACCUUGCACAGUGUGAACUAUCAAGCCUGAUUUCUAAGUUACUGUUAGGACAUGCAAACUAUAUGUUAAUGCAAAACUGAACCUGGUAAUGCUUGUGAGUGACUACAGGCAGCCCUGAUCUUUCACUCUUCGAACUUGCUCCAUAUGGUGAUAAAGAAGGUCCAGGUCAGAGUUGAAAUGUGAAACUACAAAUGAGAAUUAUGGGAAUCCUGUAGGUAUCUUACUGAUAUUGUAAGUAGCAGUUCCCAUUUUUUUUUAAAGCAAUUUCAAUUUUAACCACUGAACUGAAGAAAUAAGUAGCAUUUGCUUUUGAGUUACUGUAGUCUUGCUUGUGCCUAUUAUAACACUAUUCAGUAUACGGUACAUUACUAAAUCACAAAUUUUUAUUUAAAAAGAAGGACACUUAACCCAUGGUACUUUUUUUUUUUAAUAUGUGUCUUCUUGAUUAUCACUAACUUGUUUUGCUACUCUGAAAUUCUAACCUUUCUGGGAUUUGUACUCUGGGGAUUCUUUUUAAUGAAGCUUAUAAUACUUAGACUGAUUUACAUAUUACUUAACAAACCUUUUCUUGUUUAGAAAAUAGCAAAAAUCAGCAUAAGUAUUAAUACCCUAUGCUUCUGUGAAGUAGUUAUUAAAUCAACUUAAUAUGGUUCUCAUAUAAGAGACAUUUAAUUUUAUUAAUACAUUCAUAGUCUGUAUGCUUCCUGGCAACAUUUUACAAAUUUUUCACUUCUUUCACUUUUUCUACAUUUCUUUGUAUACACUCAAAGAGCUACGGGGUAGUUACUGAAAGGCUAGAUAGUUUGCCCAUUUAAAAAUGGGCAAAUUGGCUGGGCGUUGGUGGCGCACGCCUUUAAUCCCAGCACUUGGGAGGCAGAAGCAGGUGGAUCUCUGUGAAUUCGAGGCCAGCCUGGUCUCCAGAGCGAGUGCCAGAGUAGGCUCCAA